GAAACACUGUCGCUCCGCCCAGCACGUAUGGCACUGUAUCCGCUCCAAACAGUAAAGUUCCAAAAUGACUGCAAUUCUGUUGCGAGCAUGACACUGACAUUUUUUGUACCCCAGAGUGUGAUACAGCAUGCGCCACCUGUUUUGCCGCUGGGUCCAGCUCGUGUUGCCCGAACAAUUGUCUGUUCUGUACUUCAUCGUCUUUGUGCACACAGUGCUAUGACGGUUUUUUGAUGAUUAGUGGAUCAUGCGUGCCGCUUGCGUGUGGAACUGGCGGCGUUUGCAUUUGCUCGGGAACGACUGUCAAUUGCGGUAGCAAAUCUCUCCCAACGAUUCCAAGCGGAAUUCCAGUCAACACAACGAUUCUGUUUCUGAACACCAACCAGAUCACAAGCAUUCCCGCUGACUCAUUUACAGGCCUGACGGCGCUGACACAAUUGUGGUUGAAUCAGAAUCAGAUCGCCAGCAUUUCCGCCAACGCAUUCACAGGCCUGCCUGCGCUAACUCUUCUACAUUUGGGUCAGAGCCAGAUCACCAGCAUUCCCGUCUCCGCACUUACGAGUCUGACUGCGCUGACACAAUUACACCUAUUCUCCAAUCAGAUCACCAGCAUUUCUGCAAAUGCAUUCAUAGGCCUGAGUGCGCUAACUUACCUGCGACUGGACGCCAACCAAAUCACCAGUAUUCCCGCAGACGCAUUCACCGGCCUGACCAUGCUGACCGUGUUGAAUCUGUUCAACAACCAGAUUACCAGCAUAUCCGCCUCAUUGACGGACCUGAGUUUGCUGGCGCAAUUGGCUCUGCACAGCAACCAGAUCAGCAGCCUGUCUGCAAACACAUUCACAGGCUUGACUGCACUGACUUACUUGACUUUGAACGACAAUCCCUUCACCACUUUGCCGCCUGGUCUGUUCAAGGGCCUGCAAAAUGCCUUGAGUCUGUCGUAUUCGUUUCCAUAUUUGAGCCCCAACAACUUGACUUUUGGUGAGAAUACUCUCGCGCCGCCAAGCACGUACGGCAGUGCAUCCCAGCCCUACAAAUGUGAUACAGCCUGUGCCACCUGCUAUGCCGCUGGGUCUGGUGCGUGUUGUGCAACCAAUUGUCUGACCUGCACUUCGACCAAUCCCUGCACUCAGUGCUAUGAUGACUAUGUUAUGAUGGUCGGCUACUGCCUCGCAUCGGCCGCCACCAACGCAUCGAUUGCCUCCAUCGUCUCUGCUUUAGCUGCAUCAGGCGCGACUGCAUCGACCGCCUCUGCUCAAUCUGCUCUGUCGGCUUCGUUUGCUUCCUUCGCUUCUGCUUCCGCUGCCUCAGCCGCCUCUGCCUCGAUUGCGUCGCUUGUUUCCGCCACCUCGGCGCUUUCGGCAUCUACUGCGUCGACAGCAUCGGCGUCUGCUGCAUCUGUUGCGUCCUCUAUUGCACAAAACGGCAGUGGAGGCGGCUCGCAAGACUCAUCGUCAUCUCCAGCUGCUGCCAUCGCUGCUGCCGUCGCUUCUGUUGCAGUUAUUGCGAUGCUUGCAAUCGUAUUCAUUGUGUUGCGACGCCGGCGUUCGCAACGACGUUCAGUUGCACGACCAAAGGACUCUGCUGGUCCCAUCUAUCAAGAGGCUGUGGAAAUGACAAUCUCUCCUCUGCCCCGUGCAAUCGGAUCUCACAAAGACGAGGACAUCGCUGCUUACGCUGCGGUCGGUCAAAAACAGCCAGAGCCUGUUUACCAGGCCAUUUCGACUACUAGUACCUCUCCAGAGGUGGUCUACGAUUAUGCAAGCGCGUAUGUCGCUGGCAGCAACUCUCGUCGCAUUCGUGAAGGCUUGACCAUUGUGAAGCACCUUGCUAGUGGCAACUUUGGCGAUGUAUCCCUUGGGCAAGUGCCGUCCAACGUGUUGCCGCCACGAGCUCAAGCCUUGCUUGGACCUACAGUUUCCGAAUCCGUGCAAGUUGCCGUCAAGUCUCUCAAGUCUGAUGCAGACGAGAAAUCCCGCAAGGACUUUGAGAGCGAGGCCAAGUUGAUGGCGCCAUUUGUGCAUCCGAAUGUCGUGCGCCUGCUCGCGGCUCUUGUCGAGUCAGAGCCGCACCUCGUUCUGCUUGAAUUCGUGCAGUACGGCGACUUGCGGACGCUGCUGCAAAAGUCCAAAAAGCAGUCGUUCGAGUGGACACAGAACGAGCAGAUCCAUGCCAUUCGCCAGAUUGCACUUGGCAUGGAGUAUCUGGGUACGCUCCACUUUGUGCAUCGUGAUCUCGCCGCGCGCAAUUGUCUCGUAGGACAAGGAAUGGUGGUCAAGAUUGCUGAUUUUGGGCUUUCUCGCGAGCUGGCCGACGAGAACGAUUAUUAUCGAAUGCAAACGCGUGGCAAACUUCCCGUGAAGUGGAUGGCACCGGAAACACUGAAUUUCCGAAAGUUCUCGACCAUGUCCGAUGUUUGGUCGUUUGGUGUGACAGCCUGGGAAUGCUCUAGUUACGGCGCAAGGCCGUACGGUGAGAUGAACGGCAUGGAUACGCUGGCUCAUGUGCAGGCUGGUGGUCGUCUGCCCCAGCCAGAAAGUUGCAUGCCAGAGCUCUACAACAUGAUGAUGAGUUGCUGGAACAUUACCCCGGAAUACCGACCGAGCUUUUCUCAGCUUGUCAAAGCCAUGAAGAGCAUUGAUGGCGGGACGAGCAGCCGCGAAAUUGGUGCGAUGCUUUGAAAGCACAUCAAGUGGAGCUCGUGUUCUUGUUGUUGUGCAACUUGUUACUAUCACCCAAAAAAGUUUUUUACAUCGCGA